CGACUCACAGGUGGCCAAUCAGCUUUCUCUAUUCCUGACAGCUGGCCAAUCACAGAGCCCGCAUCAGGCUGAAAACUAUUCAACAUGGAGACAACAGUUGAAAAGCUUGAGGCGAUGUUCCUGAAGUCAGAGGCAGACCUGGACUACAUUGAGAAGCGUCUCAAGCUGGACUUCAUCAACAGCGCAGCAGAGAAUGGAUGUCCUGCUGAGGAGAACCCGGCAGUGAUGCUAGAGAACCUGAGAGCCAUCAAGGCCAAACACACAGAGCUGUGCUCUCAGGUGAAGGAGAUCGCAGCUGCACAAAAAGAAUCGAUGGACUCCAUCAGAAAUAACCUCAGUAGUGCCAUGGAGCUGGUCCAACACUUCCAGCAGACUACUGAUGUGGAGGUCCAGCCACUAACGGAGUCAGAGCAGGAGUCAGCUGAGCUCCUGGGUUCAGCUGUCACUGACACCACGACACAGGUGCCUCCUGCUGAAGCAGCCUCUGGCCAACAGCAGCCACUGAGCUGUGAGUACGAGGAGGUGAGUGAAGCCAUGUUGGAGGUGGUUCCACUCAGCAUGCGCUCCAACAUUAAGCUGGCUGACCUCAAUGUGUUCUACCAGCAGCUGCAGCAGCACCUUAGCAAAGACAGUGGCUCCCUCAGUAUGCAGAAGAUAAAGCAGUUGAAGAUGAAGGUGAGCGAUACCAAGCUGAAGGUCUUGCAGCACCUUUCUUUAGUGGAACUGGACAAGAAAGGCCACGUUCGCCUCAUCAUGUGAGGAGAAUCAACAGUUGCAGACUGUUGAGUGGGUGGGUGUUGUUACUGCUGCAUUUGGCUGCUCCUGCCUCUGAACCUGGAGUAUUGAGGAUGAGCUUACUGAAGAAUCAGACUGCAGAGGCUUUGGGGCCAUGAGCACACCAGACAAGCCCAGUCCAGAUUUCCCAGAAGAAUAUACAACCAUUUUUAGAUCAGAAACAUGAGUAUCAGCACAUGUAUCGAAACAUUUCAUACCCUAAGAGAAGUCUUCUUCUCUCCUACAGCUGAUAACGCACAGCUCUAGAACAAAGUCACAUUAUUAGAGUUGUGAUAAUUGCAUGGACGUCAUUCUUGAUAAAUGUCUUCAUAUAUCUGCAUAUCGGUGAUGCUGAUAUUCUUUUGUUAUACAGCAGUUUGACUGUCAGUAAGUCAAAGGGGAGAUAUUUCUGUAACCCAAAGGAGCAGUAUUAAUGUCAUUAACGGGCACAGGCUAACAGUUUCUAACAGUUACAUUCACCUUUACACCUGUGGACAAUUCAGUGUCCAUAACAUUCAAGAUGUUUUUGAUGAGAGGAGAAAAAUCUUGAAGAUUAUGGGCAUUAACAUCUUUCGCUUAGACCUGUGUAGGGCUGUAACCAACCUAAGAAAAUCCCGGUCAACUGAAAUUCUACCUGCUCUUCAAUUAAUUGAUUGGUUAGUGGAGAAAAAAUUCUGCAUGUUAUCUCUAGAGUAACUUAAUUGCCACAGUGCACUGAGUGCACUCUACCUGGCGGCUUUGUGUGUUCACCAAAGUGUUUUUUUUUUCCUGUUGCAGAGCUCGACAUUAACACUUGCCCAGGGCAAGUUAACUCUGUGUUCAGGCUAAUGGAAUGCCUCAAGUGAAAAAUAAAUGUGAUGUCCACUGUAAUAUUAUCUAAAAAAAUAAAGUGUGCACUGUAA